GUUGCCUAGGAGAAAGCGUCAAAAUGGCGGCCGAAUUCAAAGUUGCACAACCUCUUGAAUACUACAGGAAGUUUUUAGAACAGGAUAUACGACCUGAUGGGAGGGAUCUUGGAGAAAUCCGACCCACCUUGCUGAAUCUUGGGUCUAUCACUACAGCAAAUGGUUCAGCACUGGUGAAACUCGGAAAUACAAGUGUUGUAUGUGGAAUCAAAGCAGAACUCGCAUCACCAAAGCCUGAAGAACCUAACAAAGGGUUUAUUGUGCCAAAUGUGGACCUUUCUCCAUUGUGUUCAUCAAGAUUUCGACCGGGACCACCGAGUGAACAGGCUCAAGUUUGUAGUCAAUUUGUCAUGGAUCUCAUUGAAAAUUCAAAAUGUUUAUGUGCCGAGGACCUGUGCAUACUUAAAGGAAAGCUAGUCUGGGUGCUAUACUGCGACCUGUUAUGCUUGAACUAUGAUGGGAACAUUUUGGAUGCGUGUUUGAUAGCACUGAUGGCAGCGCUGAAAACGACAACACUUCCAGAGACAACAGUGGAUGAAGAAACAGAAAAAGUACAAACAUUUCCUGGGAAACGAAAACAGUUGUUGAUCCACCAUCAUCCUAUCUCUACAAGCUUUGCAGUAUUUGAUGAUGAAAUUAUUUUCACUGACCCAACCGAUGAAGAAGAAUGCCUUGCAACUGGUGUAGUUACCAUAGCAACAGUUGAAAAUGGUGAUGUCUGUGCUGUUCACAAACCAGGAGGUAGCAUGAUGAAUGAUGGAAAACUAAGCGAUUGCAUCGACCGGGCAAAGUUGCGCGGAAAGGAAGUGAGGAGGCUCAUCGAUGAGACAAUUCAUAGUGUGGAAAGAUAGCUACUACAUUGGGACCCAUUCAGCCGCUUAAAUAACUGUGUAAAGCGUUGCACAGAGACAAUGUUCUGAGGACACUUACUUUCAAAAUCUUUUUCAAGAACCACUACAUUGUGUUCAUCGUGGGAAAGUGUCAGACUCAAAGCGUACAGAUAGUAUGCAGGUACAGAUAGUUGAGAGAAGUAUUGGCGAAUUUGUGUGUCUUAAUCAUCUGACCUACCUUGCUUCCGACUGCAGGCUCAGGAAAGCUACAUGUGGGUUGCUUUCUGUUUAACAAAAUCAGGAACAUUAUGCAAGGCAAAUGUAGUUCUAUGAAAUGAAUAAAAACAAAUGUCAUGACAUUAAACAGGAA